AUGCCGGAUUGUCACAUCUGCGGAAAGGCAUACCGCCGCACCGAGCAUCGCAACCGCCACCUCGAAGUCACCCACGGAAAGAACGCCCGCACCUUUCCCUGCACCUACUCCGGAUGCGACAAGGUGUUUCAGCGCAACGACGUCAGGACCCGGCACGAAGCCCUUCACAAGAGUGGCAAGCCCAUACGCAAGUCGACCGUCCCUCGCGCCAGGUCCUCCGCCUCCGCCGCCGAACCCUCCGCCGUCGGCAGCGACGUCUCGCCACCAGCUAAGCGGCCCAUGAUGGACCACGACCUCGAAGACCUGCAGCGGCAGCGCGACCGGCCUCUACUGCCACGUCCCUCGCAGGAUCACGGCCCAGUCUAUGACCAGCGGCCGAUCUCGGCCGGCGACGAUCCGAACCAGCAGGCGUCAUUGUCCUCGCUAGCUCAUCACGCUGCGCAGCAGCACCAGCAGCAUCAGCAGCCCGAUCAUCACCAACAGCAAGACCACCAGCAGCCCGACCAUCAUCAACAGCAACAUCACCACCAGCCACCCUUUGCCCAUCAGCGACUCCCUUCGCACGCACACGCGCACCAGCCACCCUGGUCAUCGCCCUCGCCUUCGACGCUGUCGCCGCAUUCGGCCAUCCUCGCUUCCGACACCCGCCCGCCCCAGACACUCCACUACGGCCAACCCCACCACCGCGGCUACGAAGCGUCGAGCCCCCCGUUGCCAGCGGCAUUCCCCGACGCCCAUUUUCUCUUUAGCAACCUCCCGCCGCCGCAGCAAGAGAGCAGCGAUCUGGGGCUGCACGACGCAGGUAUCGAUUGGAGCGGUCUCGACUGGAUGUUUGAUGCGAUGCCCACGUCGACGUCCGACUCGGGCACCAACCCGCUCCUGAUCAGCCCCGCUUCGCAGCCGGCGACGGCCGCCUCGGUCGGACAGCACGGCCACUCCCAGGCCGCCGCCUCGUUGGGCGCUGCAGCCCUCGACCUUGGCAUGGGGCCACCCGAGCCUCGGACGGCGGUAACGGCGGCCUGGAACCUUCCUUUGCAGGGAGCUGCGCCGCAACAACCGGCCCAGCAGCCUGCCAACAACGACAGCUCGCCUUGCGUGGCCGCACCUCCGACGACGUACCAUGCUCGCUCUACCUUUGUGCCGUCUGCCCAAUAUCGGCCACAGGAUGGCCAGGAGGCGCAGGAACACCCGGGCCAUGCCUCGAUGCCUCCAGCGUCGUCCGUCGAGGGGCUCGCGCCGACUGCCCGACCCGGCUCUGCGGCCGAAGCCAGUGCCAACCACCCGCAUCGCGGGGUCGGUCAAGAUCUCGACCAUGCUGACGAGGCCGGCGAACCGACGUCGGUUGCCGGCUCGGCCCGCCUGCUUCCGCCCAAGAGCAAGCCGCGCUCGCAGAAGGUCAUGUCGAUCCACAACCUCGUCGAUGGCACCAGCGAGUGGCCGCACGACUACAACCCGGCCAGCAGUCGACCGACGACCGUCGAGCUGACCCAGUACCGCCUCAGCCUCGACAGCCGGGAGCGCAGCGCCUCGACCGCAUCGAGCGGCGUCCCUCUGAGCCUGGCCCCGCCGCCGCCACCACCGCCCGCACAGCGCGUCUUGAUCCGCAUGGUCGACGAGGAUGCCCCGUACCCAGCCCCCUCGCCAGCCGCAGACCCGUCUGCGCAGCCGGCGUCGUCCGGCGGUCCCUUUUUUGCGCGCCAGCACCCCGGCGUCGACCCGCUCGGCGACCAGGACGACCCGCCCACGGCCGCCAGACCCGACGACGACGACCCGUGCUACCGCGUGACGGACGCAGCCCGCGAGCAGCUCCUCGCGUUCAUCCGGCGGUCGUGCACCCACGCAUGGUCCCGCUUCCGCCUGGCCGGUCGUACAGAGGGCUUUCUCACGACCCAGGAGCUCGGCAAGCUCGUGCGCCUCUUUUUCCGACACUACAGCCCAGAGGUGCCGUUCAUCCACCAGGCGUCGUUCCGGCCGGAGGCGGUGCCGUCGGCGCUCCUCUUGAUGGUCGUCACCGUCGGGCUCGUCUACUUUCCGCGCACGUUGCGGACCUACGCCGAGGCGGAUCGGCUGCGCCUCACGAGCAACGCGGCGCACCUCUCGGUCGCGCUGGCCGAGCUCGCACGGAUCGGAGUCGUCAGCGCCGUCGAGAGCGACCAGCGCGGCUUCCUCCAGGUGUUUGUCUCGCAGUCGUGGCUGCUCCAGCAGACGUUUGGCCUCGGUGGCGGCGACAAGCGGCUCCACCAGCUCGCCGAGCGCAACCGCGGCGGCAUCAUCACCUUUGCGCGGCGCCUCGGCCUGUUGCGCGUGCGUCACGACGUCGGCGGGACGGACUCGCCCCAGCCGGCAGCGAACGCAGCCGCGGGGAGCCGGGCGGCCAGCCGGAAGGGCACGCCGCUGACCUCGCUCGAGCAAAAGUGGCAGGCCUGGAUCGACAUCGAGACCCGCCUGCGCCUCGGCUGGGCGAUCUACCUCUACGAUCAGCAGUACACCUCCCUGCUGGACGUGCCGCCGCUCCUCAUCUACUCGGAGAUUUCCAGCUCGCUCCCCUGCGACGAGCGCCUCUGGACCGCCAAGUCGGCGCAGGAAUGGCAGAACCUGCUGAACCCGCCCACCCGGCCGUCGUCGUCGUCGUCGCCGUCGCCGUUGGCGGUCAUUGCGUCGUCUCCGCCGUUCAUCCCCGUCCUGCGCAGCCUCCUCGGCACUGCGACGUCUGCGCCCGUGUCGCUCAACCGGUUCGGCGCCAUUGUCAUUGCGACGACGCUGUAUCGGCUCAUGUGGGACGGCAGCAAACAGUCGGUGCUGUUCGAUGACGGCGGACCGCUCGACGACGCCGCGCAGGUCCUUCGGGCACGAUCGAUGGAGGGACCGGCGCCGGCGCUCUCGUCUCCGAUGGGCAACAAGUGCGCCGAGGUCCUCGACCUGCUGUGCCGGGCCGUGCUUCCCGCGCCCGUGCUGGCGCCGGCAGCCAGCAGCAAGACGGCGACCCAUCCGCUGCUGCUCAACCUCGAGCUCGUCAAGGCGCUCGCCGACCUGCACUUUAGCGGGCCGCCGGGGUUCAUUGAAGAGCUCAAGAACGCCGCAGGCCGCAUGGGCAUGGCGUCACACAUCCAACGCUCGGCGUCGGCGUCGCUGUCGUCGUUUUUCGGGUCGCCGCGCAACGAGACGGCGGCCCGGCGCAUGCUGGCGACGGCCGCGAAGCUGUACGCCUGCGUCACGGCGGGCGCCCACGGACGCACGCUGGCGUGGGUGACGGGCCUGUUUGAGGCGGCACUCGUCUCGUGGGCGUACGUGCGCUUCACGCCCACGGCGGCGAGCGACCGCCGGCAGUGCGCCAUUUGCGCGAACCAGGUCGUCCACCUCGGCAGCGCCGACCCGGCGGACCAAGACAGGGUCGAGCGCUGGGUGCGCGGCAUCUCGAGCGACUGCCCGCGCUGCUCGGCCGAGCAAGCCGACUCGACGCACUGCUGCAGCGUCGUCUUUGACGGCCUCGGCCUCGUCGGCCGGGGCACCGGGUGGCACCCGGGGCCAGCGCCGCCGAGCCGCGUCUCGACGCAGCUCGUGCUGAUGCGCUUCGCCGAAGCCAUGCGCAAGCUCGACUGGGGUCUCGCGCGCAACUUUUGCGCCGUCCUCGCACGGCUGGCCGAGAGCCGGGUCGACGAGACGGCCGGCGCUCCUUCUUGUUGA